UGUUAUUGUUUCUCGGGGGUCGUGGAGCCACGCAGUCCGAGCAGAAGGGACGCGGUUGUCCAGCUCAGCUCUUGAUGUUUGUGUCGUUAUUUUGUACAAGAUUAAGCCGCCCAGAUUGCGAAGUGAAGGCGGUGAAAGGUGAGGAAGAUAAGAUAAGAAGAUACGGGUGAAAACACAGCGCCUUUGUGUUGUGUUACCAUGGAAACAGUGGCGUUGGUGGAGUUUAGAAACGUGGGCUGCAGUUACUUCCCUCAGAGCAGAGUGGACUGUCACUACACACUGAGCUCACAGCACAACUGGGCCAGCAGUGACUGGGUCGGGCUCUUCAAGGCGGGAUGGUCAUCAGUGACGGACUACCACACGUUUGUGUGGGCACUGGCCCCAGCCGACUGUCAAGAGCGAACAGAGGUCAACUGUUGUGUUCAAUUUCAGGCAUCCUACCUUCCCAAGCCGAGUGCCCAAGAGUAUGAAUUCGUGUAUGUCGAUGCGAAAGGGGACGUUUGCUCCCGCAGCUCUAAAUUCACAUUCUGUGCCCCAAAACCCCUGGAGGAUCUGGUGACCCUUGAGGAGGAGCCACAUGGGGAGGAAGAGGGCACAGAUAUGCUUCUGGUGGUACCUCGGGCUGAACUACUGCAGGGCCGACUGCAGGAAUGUUUGCGAGAGCGGGCUGAGCUGCUGCAGAUGCAAGAGGCGACGAGAGAGCAAAAGGAGAAAGAGAGGGAAGACUUCAACAGAGAGAGGGUUGCCUGGAGCGGACUUCACAGAGACCUUGAUACCGACAUCAGCAGGCUGCAGGAAGAGCUGAAGAGGAGCCAAGAAAAGAUGGAGGAGGUGGAGAGGAAGCAGAAGGAGGAAGUGGCUUUAGGGGAAUGUCUUACAGAAGAAAAAAGUGCUUUAUUGGAAAUGAGAGAGGCCAACAAAUUGCAAAUUGAAGAACUGGAGGAAGACAUCAAAACUCUGACACAGAGAGCUCUGGAACGAGAGAUAGAGUUGGAAAGGAUAAAAGAAAAAGCUAAAAGGACAGCAGCCCACUGGAAAGAAGAGGAGAAUGGCAGAAAGAUACUGCAGACCAAGCUGGAAGAGACAGAGGGCGAUCUUCGACGUUUGUCCAAGGAGUUCCAGGGCCUGAGGAACUCUUUGGCCCAAAGAGACACCAGUGUGUUGCAACUCCAGAACAGCAUUAGCAGCCUCACCCAGAAACUCACCACAGCCCACAGGAAAGAGGCGUUGAACGAGGCAAUGCUGAGGGAGAUGAGGAGCAUGCAAGAGCGUCUGGAUGUGAGCGAGCGCGCCGUGGAGGGCCUGAAGAAUGAUUUAAGCGCAAUAGUAGCCCAAAGAGAUCGCGGGCAGGCCGAACUGCAUCAGGCCCGCCUUCAAGCUGCCCAGAUAACCCUGCAGCUAGCAGAUUCCAGUCUUGCCCUAAGAGAAGGCAGAGCACAGUGGGCUCAGGAGAAGCAAAGUCUUCAGCGGACCUCUGAGAAGGAGCAUGAGCAUCUAGAGAACCUUACAGCCGAGAUGCAGACGAUGGAGGAAAAGCUCCAGGAGGAGAGGACAGAGAGAGUGAAGCUGGAGGUAGAGCUUGGGAGAGAAAAGGAUUGCAACCGGGUCCAACUGAGUGAAAUGUGCAGGGAGCUUCAGGAGCUGAAGGCCAGCCUGAGGGUUGCCCAGAAGGAGAAGGAGCACCUGCUUUCUGAGAAAAAAGACUUGAUGGACUACAUCUGUCAGUUGGAGCAAAAGAUGGGAACAGCAGCCAGUGCCAAGUGGCGCGCUUCCCCCGCCGCUUCCACAGGCUGUCCCGACGACGCCUUGUCAGAUUUGUCAGAUGUGUCAGAGGAUGACGACCCGGAGGCCUAUCGGCCUCUCCAUCCAACGAGACCUCUCGGAAACUACAGCCUGUGCGAGCAGGGACGGCCGAGCCUAUCGCUCCUCACCACCCCUCCGCCGUCCCCGCGGGAGAUGGAGAGGAGUCUUGUGGUUAUCAGCCAGCCAGCUCCUCUUUCCUCACCGUGCCAGCCUGGACCCGACUCUCUGGCGCACAGCUCGGAUUCGGAGGAAGAACCGGAUCCGCUUAAAUACGGAAGAAGACACAGCUACGGAGAAGAAAUGGCACUGCUUUCUGAUCACACGGACACAGUUCUAAGCGAUCUGUCCGACACAUCGCUAUGGUAACCAAGCGGAGCGGAGCGGACCGUCCCACACGUGAGAAGAAGCUCCUUUUUCGUUUUUACAUUCUUUCUCCACGGACUCAACGUUUAUAUGCAAUCUUCCUCCAUUUCGCCCUCUACACUGUUGCUCCUUUGUUGUGACAAAAAAACAAAACAGGUCAACCGUUCGUUUAUGACAGACAUAAGACGCUGGCCCAGGUGGACAGAGCGGGUGUGCAGGCUCCGCUUCGCAGGUUGUAGCCGAAUGCUUCCAGUUGAAUCAUUGCUACGUGGAGAGCUUUACAGCGGAUGUGAUGUCGUUUUUAUGACAUUUGUGAUUAGGAGUCAUGACAGGCACCGUAAUUAUGAUGUUUUGUGCAGGGCCGGGCCCCGCUGGAAAUCAUGGCAAAGCUCCCUCGCAAGCAUUAAAUUCUCCCCAUCGCAGCUUUGAAUGCGAUUCAUGACAGCAUGAAGCAUUGAUACAGCAUCGAGCUGGAAUUACUUUAGCAGUAAGGCAAGUGCUGUGACGUUAUAGUGCUCCCCCAUUUACUCCUGGACUAAGAUUUUAAAAUGCACUUUCUUAGACACGUUAGCAGUUGAUGAGCGCGCAGUAAACAUUUAGAGUUGCCGAGGCGCUCAAAAGACGUUUUUGCAAUCAAACGCUUGUUGACCAGAUUGAAGUUGACAGAAACUUUGCAUUCAUAAUAUUCUAACUUUGAUGCUUUCGUUUUAGGCCAGCUGGACUAGCAUUUUCUUGCUGCUCAUAGGGAGGUUUUAGUACAAUCUUCUCGUCUUAAUUCACAUUCACGCAGCUCUAAAUUUGGGCGUAAAUAAUUAAAGAGAUGAAAGAAAAUCUUCUUUAUGGAUACCGACAUCAUCACAUGCUGUCAGCGUGUUCCCUGAGGCGUGUGGCAAGAUACUGCCUAGUAAAAAUCGCUGCCUAGUAAAAAUCGCUGCCUAUCUUUUCAUCAAUACUGUAUGCAUUUUUUUUAGAUUUUGUAUUUGUAAUGAAAACCAGUUGUGCUGCAAUUAAGCUAAAUUUAGGUGAUUUCAAAGAAAUUGCCACACUUGGCUAAGAAACCUUGAUGCUUAUACAUUUAUGUGCUGAUUUUGCACCUUAUUUUCACUAGACUAAGGUUUUUAUGGUAUUCUUAUGAAGUUAUUACAUGGAUUAGGGAUGGGCAGAUUCAUCAAUCAACUCGCUUAAUUGUUGCGAAUUCAGUUGAUUGUGUGGAAUAGAUCAUGUUGGAAAGCAAUUGCGGGAAAUUCGAGUGCACUUCUUGGCUGCAACCCGCAGAGGUGCUGCUGAUUCAGUCUCAACUAAUUUGUUGUCUAAAAAAAAAAAUAAUAAUAAUAAUAAUGAAAAAAAUGUCAGCUCUGGGACAUUGAGCUACAUCCAACACGAUGGCAGUGUUUCCCUCGAAACAGGAGUUCAGAACAUUCAAAGAGAGAUUACAAUUUACAACUUGCUUUUUUCCUUAGUCAAUCAAAGAAAUGUAGCCAAAUGCCCAUCCCUAAUAUGUAUACUUAAUGUGUUUUCAUCUUUAUCUUAAUCCUUAUAUAUUGUGUGUUGUGUUUACAUAUAUCUACACUUUUUUUCUUUGACUUUAUCAAGAUUUUCUAUCCAGAUAUUUUUCCGCAUUUGUUUUAAUGUAUGGGAAGAAUAACAGUUUAUUGAACUGAAGCUAGAAGGGAAAUGGAUUCAUAAUGUGCACAAGAAAUGGAAUUUAAUGUUUAAUCAUCUUCUGUGGGAUUAUUGAAAAAGUCAUAACUGGGAAUUGUGAGCCAGUUUAGUAGGCCAAUGUCUCACUGUCAGUGUGUUCUUCUGGUGUUCAUCCUUCAUGUUUGAAAUGGUUUUAAAAGCACACUACAUGUACAGUAUGCUUGUGUUUGUAAAGCAACUUUUUUUCGAGGUCGUCACAUCGCAAUAAAGCUCCGGUAGUUACGGUUUGUUUACGCCAUGUAUUUUCUUUCUAUCAGCCAUGUAACAGGUUUUGGGCUGGGGUUCUUGUAUAAUAAAAUGGUUUAUGUAUCCGUUA